AUGUUAUAGGAUUAUAUAAAUAGAUUCCUUAUAACUUUUGAGUAGUACAAUUUAGAAUUGGCGAUUAUCAGACAGAGUGAACCAUUUAUAUGUCUCAUAUAAGUGAUAUCAGAUAGAAUCAAAUAAAAUAGAUAAAGGAUGAUCUUGAAAGUGGGAGCUUAAAUGUUGAUUCUUAGAUUAUUUAGAACUAUAAUAAACCCUACUUUCUUAAAGCAUAGUAAUAAUCUCAAAAUGAAUUAUUCUUAUUGUGAUUAUUAUUUUAAAGUAUAAAUUUGUUCUGCAUCUAACAAAUGA